AUGUCUGGAGCUAGUGCACCCUCGCCACCAUCGAAUCCACUCGAAUUAGCGCCAUCGCAGCCACCUGCUGCGCACGCAUUGGCUAAGCAGCCACCGAGCAGAAACACCAACGGCAUUCUCCACCCAGCCACUGCGCAGCCAGCCGGCGUGGAGAACGACGCCGACACCGCCCUCGAAUUGGAAGACGGCAGCGUUAACUUUGGCUAUGCGUUUGGAGCCAAAGGAAAGAGCAUUUCAGGCGAAUGUGUCUUCCAAACUGGUAUGGUGGGUUAUCCCGAGUCUCUCACUGAUCCUUCAUACGCUGGUCAAAUUCUCGUCCUCACUUACCCACUCGUCGGCAACUACGGUGUUCCUGCUCGCCCAGAGCACAACCCUGCUGAUCCUUCCCAACUUCUCAGUCUCCCGGAAGAAUUCGAGUCGAGGAAGAUCCACGUCGCUGGUUUGGUCGUGUCUACAUACGCUCCUGACUACUCCCAUUUCCUCGCUCAAUCUAGCCUCGGCGAAUGGUUACAGGAACAGGGAAUUCCUGCAAUUUUCGGCGUAGACACCAGAAAUCUCACAAAGAAGAUCAGAGAGAAGGGUGUCAUGCUUGGUCGCAUCCUCGCUAGAAAAUCCGGCGAGAGAGGCGCAAGACCGCUGAUCAACCAGCCACACGCCAGCUUAUCUAGAUCUGUUUCUACCGUUUCCGUUAGCUCAGCUGCUUCGAAUGACUCGUGGAAGGACGACUUCCAGGUCGUUCCAUUCGCUGAGUAUGGGAACACUAACCUCGUCGCUGAGGUUUCUUCACCUUCUCCACUUACCUUCAAACCCACCACUACGCCCCUUAAACAUCCAAAAGAGAACCGCACUAUCAGAAUUCUUACCGUCGAUGUAGGUAUCAAGUACAACCAAAUUCGCUGCUUCAACAACCGCGGCGUUGAAGUCAAACUUGUGCCUUGGGAUUACGACUUCUUGAGUGAGAAAGAGCCUUAUGAUGGUUUAUUCAUCUCCAACGGUCCAGGUGAUCCUGCUACCGUUACCCCUGUUAUCAACAGACUUAGCAGGGCUAUUGAGGACGUGAAAACACCUAUCUUUGGUAUCUGUCUUGGUCAUCAGCUUCUCUCCCUUGCUGCAGGCGCAACAACCAAGAAGAUGAAGUAUGGUAACCGCGGUGCUAACAUUCCUUGCACGGACAUGCAAUCAGGAAGAUGUUACAUCACCUCACAAAACCAUGGUUACGCUGUCGAUGCCGAGUCUCUCCCAGGCGGCGUUAAGGAGCUCUUCGUUAAUGCAAACGAUGGCUCAAACGAGGGUACUUAUAUGGAAGACAAGCCAGUCUUCUCUGUCCAAUUCCAUCCAGAAUCCACUCCUGGUCCUCGCGACACUGAGUUCUUGUUCGACGUCUUUAUCAACUCUGUCGUCGACUUUGCCCAGACUGGUGUCGCUAAGCAGAUUACCCUGCCAGGUGGUACUCUCGCCGAAAAUGCCGCCAAGCACCCACGCGUUGAUGUCAAGAAGGUCCUUGUCCUUGGCUCUGGUGGUUUGUCAAUUGGUCAAGCUGGUGAAUUCGAUUACUCUGGUAGUCAAGCAAUCAAGGCUCUCAAACAGGAGGGAAUUUACACUGUUCUUGUCAAUCCAAACAUUGCCACCAUUCAAACAUCUGGCCUCGCCGAUAAAGUCUACUUCCUUCCAGUUAACCCCGAGAGUGUGCGCAAGAUCAUCAAGUAUGAGAGACCUGACGGUAUUUACGUUACUUUUGGUGGUCAGACAGCCCUCAAUGUUGGUUGCAAGCUUAAGGAUGAAUUUGAAUCUCUUGGUGUCAAGGUCUUGGGUACUCCAGUGCACACCAUCGAGAUGACUGAAGACCGUGAACUCUUCGCCAGAGCUAUGGAGGAUAUUGGUGAACAUUGCGCUCCUUCUGCAUCAGCAAAUAAUCUCGAAGAGGCCCUUACUGCCGCAAAGCAAAUCGGUUACCCUGUCAUUGCCAGAGCUGCGUACACCCUCGGUGGUUUGGGAUCAGGUUUCGCUGAUGACGAAGAAACCCUUACUGCGCUCUGCAAUAAGGCUUUCGCCACUAGUCCACAAGUUUUGAUUGAGAAGAGUAUGAAGGGUUGGAAGGAGAUUGAGUAUGAAGUUGUCAGAGAUUGCCGUGAUAACUGUAUCACUGUCUGUAACAUGGAGAACUUUGAUCCACUUGGUAUACACACUGGUGACUCAAUUGUCGUAGCUCCAUCUCAGACACUUUCAGAUAGUGACUACAAUAGACUUCGUUCAACUGCUGUCAAAGUCAUUAGACACUUGGGUGUUGUAGGUGAGUGUAACAUUCAAUACGCCCUCAAUCCACACUCCAAGGAAUUCUGCAUUAUCGAAGUCAACGCUCGUCUUUCGCGCUCAUCUGCCCUCGCAUCUAAGGCAACUGGCUACCCGCUCGCUUACACCGCUGCCAAGCUUGGUUUGAACAUCCCACUUAACGAAAUCAGAAACUCAGUAACACGCUCAACCACUGCAUGCUUCGAGCCAUCUCUCGACUACUGUGUUGUUAAGAUUCCAAGAUGGGAUCUCAAGAAAUUCAACAGAGUUAACACGGUGCUCAACUCUUCUAUGAAGAGUGUCGGUGAGGUUAUGGCUAUCGGUAGAUCAUUCGAAGAGACCAUGCAGAAGGCCAUCAGGUGUAUCGAUGAUCAAUUCUUCGGGUUCGGUACUAACCCAUUCGUAAUGGAGAAAGCAGAGAUUGACGAGGAGUUGGUCAACCCAACUGACAGGCGUGUGUUUGCCAUCGCCAACGCCUUCGUUAGGGGAUACACUAUCGAUGAUAUACACAAGAUGUCCAACAUCGACAGAUGGUUCUUGAACCGUCUUAAGAAUCUCAUUGAGCAGGAGAAGAUAUUAAGUGACUACAACACCACCACUGUCACCCCUCAACUCCUCCGCCAGUCUAAGCAAAUGGGCUUCUCGGACCGCCAACUCGCCAAGUUUUUGGGAUCGAACGAACUCGCUGUCCGUCGUCUUCGCCAGGAGUCAGGUAUCGUGCCACACGUCAAGCAAAUUGAUACCGUCGCUGCCGAGUUCCCAGCAUUCACCAACUACCUCUACACCACAUACAAUGCUGCAGCUAGCGAUAUUGGAUUUGAGGAUAAGGGUGUUAUUGUUUUGGGUUCAGGUGUGUAUAGAAUCGGUUCAUCUGUUGAAUUUGAUUGGUGCGCCGUCUCUACCAUUCGCACACUCAGAGCAAGAGGUACCAAGACAGUCAUGAUCAACUACAACCCUGAGACUGUAUCCACCGAUUACGAUGAGGCUGAUAGGCUCUACUUUGAGAACAUCUCUCUUGAGACCGUGUUGGAUAUCUAUGACGCGGAGCGUUCUACUGGUGUCAUCUUGUCCAUGGGUGGUCAGACUCCAAAUAACAUUGCGUUGCCACUCUAUCGUCAAAACGUGCAUAUCUACGGUACUUCACCAGAGAUGAUUGAUACGGCAGAAAACCGUUACAAGUUCUCGCGUAUGUUGGACAAGAUCGGUGUCGAUCAGCCACAAUGGAAGGAGUUGUCUAGCUUUGAAGAAGCUUACAAGUUCUGUCAAAAGGUCAGCUUCCCAGUCCUUGUUAGACCUUCUUACGUGCUUUCUGGUGCUGCUAUGAACGUUGUUAGCUCACCAGACGAUCUUGAGAACUACCUCACUCAAGCAACCGCCGUCUCCCAAGACUACCCAGUUGUCAUUUCCAAGUUUAUUGAGGAUGCCAAGGAGAUUGAGAUGGAUGCUAUCGCUAAGGAUGGUAAGAUGAUUAUGCACUACAUCUCUGAGCACAUUGAGAACGCUGGUGUUCACUCUGGUGACGCUACACUUGUUCUUCCACCUCAAGACCUCGCUCCAGAGACUGUCAGACGUAUCGUUGAAGCUACUGCCAAGAUUGGUGAGGCUUUGAAUGUUACCGGUCCAUACAACAUCCAAUUCAUUGCCAAAAACAACGAGAUCAAGGUUAUUGAAUGCAACUUGCGUGCUGCUCGUUCUUUCCCAUUCGUAAGCAAAGUUACCAACGUUGACGCCAUCGCGUUGGCUACUAACGCAAUGUGCAACUUCCCAUUCAAACCUUACCCUGAAAUCAACCUUCCUGAAAAGUACGUUGGUGUUAAGGUUCCUCAAUUCUCAUUCUCAAGAUUAUCUGGUGCUGAUCCAGUUCUUGGUGUUGAGAUGGCUUCUACUGGUGAAGUUGCUUGCUUUGGUAGAGACAAGUACGAAGCCUAUGUGAAGGCAUUGAUGGCGACUGGUAUGCAUAUGCCAAAGAAAAACAUUCUCUUCUCUAUCGGUUCAUACAAGGAGAAGAUGGAGAUGUUGCCAGUGGUGCAAAAUCUCAACCGUCAAGGCUACAAUCUCUUCGCCACCUCUGGUACUGCAGACUUUAUCCAAGAGCACGGUAUUCCAGUCAAGUAUCUCGAAGCCAUCACUGAGACCGAUUCUCAGAAGUCUGAGUACUCACUCACUCAGCACUUGGCAAACAACUUGAUCGACCUCUACAUCAACUUGCCAUCCAAGAACCGCUAUCGUCGUCCAGCAAGCUUCAUGAGUAAGGGUUAUCAAUCUCGUAGAAUGGCAGUUGACUAUGCUAUUCCACUUGUCACCAAUGUCAAGUGCGCUAAGUUACUUAUCGAGGCAAUCCUUCGCAGGCCAUCACUUGAAGUCGACAGCGUCGAUUACAAGACGUCGCACCGCACAUUCACCUUACCUGGAUUGAUCAACGUUCAAGGCUAUACUGACAAGAUCGCUGAGCCAAACUCAGAUGCAUUCGAGAAGGCUUCAUUGGCGGCACUUGAAGGAGGUUUCACUGUCUCUCAAGUGAUUCCAAUGGGUGUUGAAAACGCCAAAUCUCUUCAAACUAUGUACACAAACGCUCAAAAGUCUCGCUGCGAUUAUGUACUCAGCGUUAGUGCUACACCUGAUAACGUCGAUGGGUUGGAUGCAAUUGAAGAGGAUGUCCAAUCACUCUAUGUUCCAUUUAACAAGCUCUCUGGUAACGUUAACAAGGUUGCAACUAUCGCGUCACACUUCGGUUCAUGGCCAUCUGGCAAGCCAAUCGUUACGGAUGCACGUUCUACUGAUCUUGCAAGUAUCUUGCUGUUGGCAUCUCUUCACGGCCGUUCAAUUCACGUCACCAACGUAAGCAACCGUGACGACAUCAGCUUGAUCGCUUUGUCCAAGGGUAGAGACUUAAAGGUUACUUGUGAUGUCGCCGUUUAUUCGCUCUUCUUCUCAAGAGAAGAUUAUCCAGCUGCGACUGUUCUUCCAACCAAGUCUGAUCAGCAAGCGCUCUGGGACAAUCUUGACAAGAUUGACAUGUUCAGUGUUGGAACAGUACCACAUGAGCUGGCUGUGGCUGUUGGGCAAGCGGCAAAUGCAUCAGCUGGUAUGGCUGAGAGUGUUUCAUUGUUGCUCAGCGCUGUUGCAGAGAACAAGCUGAGUCUUGAAGAUAUUAUCUCGCGCUUCCACGACGCUCCAAAGACAAUCUUUGACUUGCCAGAUCAACCAAGCACAUAUGUGGAGGUGGAGAUGGACAGACCAGCCACAUUCUCUGUAGGUAGUGGUCUUUGGUCACCACUUUCCGGCAAGCCAGUCAAGGGACAGGUUGAUAGAGUUGUGUUCUACGGUAAGACAGUAAGAUUGGCUGGUGUUAACGUCGCCAAGUCUUCCGGUAGAGAUUUGACGGUGGCUGGACCAAUCAGGAAGCAGAGAAAUGCGAGAUCGUCCUUCUCUCAGCAAACAAGACCAGCUACACAGUCUAUCACUGGUGUGCCAUCUCCAACCAAGGCAACAAGCAUGGAAGCGGCCAGCCCAACUGAGGUAACCCACCCAACCAGUCUUAUAGGUUCAAUUGCAACUGGAAAGAGCAACCUUACAGCACUUAAGUCACACCCAGCGUUUAGAAGACGCCACAUACUUUCUGUUAAACAGUUUAGCAGGGAUGAUCUUCACGUGCUCUUUACACUUGCUUCAGAGUUGAGAACACAUGUUGAGAAGUAUGGUAGUGCGGACAUACUCAAGGGUAGAGUGCUGUGUAGUUUGUUCUUUGAACCGUCUACCAGAACAUCAGCAUCGUUCGACGCCGCAAUGAAGAGAUGCGGUGGUACAGUAUUGACAAUUCCAGUGGACAAGUCGUCGGUUGCGAAAGGAGAGUCCCUAGCUGAUACGAUCAGAACACUUGGAUGUUACGCUGAUGGAGUGGUAAUGAGGCAUCCACAGCCAGGCUCAGUGCAGACGGCAUCCAAGUUCUCACCAGUGCCAAUUAUCAAUGCUGGCGAUGGAACGGGUGAGCACCCAACACAAGCCUUCUUGGAUAUCUACACAAUCCGUGAGGAGCUUGGUACAGUUAACGGACUUACGAUUACAUUGGUAGGUGAUUUGAAGAAUGGCAGAACAGUACAUUCGCUCGUCAAAUUGCUCAACCUAUACAAUGUGCACCUCAACUUUGUCUCACCACUCACUCUCAACAUGCCAGACAGCAUAAAGGCGGAGUGUAGAAAGGCUGGUGUAACCUACUUUGAGACACCACGCCUGGACGAAGUUAUUGGCAAGUCGGAUGUCAUCUAUAUGACGCGCGUGCAACAAGAGAGAUUCAACUCAGUGCACGAAUUCGAAGCGGUCAAGGAUGCAUAUAUACUAGACAAUGCGACGAUGGAUAGAGCUAAACCUACAACCAUCGUCAUGCAUCCAUUACCAAGAUUACAGGAAAUCGAUCCAAAUCUCGACUUUGAUAACCGCGCUGCGUACUUCCGUCAAAUGAGAUAUGGAUUGUUUGCGAGAAUGGCCUUGUUGUCGCUUAUAUUGGAGUAA